AUGGAGAAAUUUAUUACGGUUGCUGUAAGUCUCGAUAUGCACAGUCCAUGCUAUUUCAUACGAAGGAAAAGAGAAGAAGAUGUGAAAAUGAUAUUAUUUCAAGCAUCAAGUGUUUUAAUACGAGGGCCUUUUAUAAUUUUUCACACCAACCUACCCCAAGAAUCUUUCGCAGGUAAUAGUAGCGCUCGUCUUUAUGAUGAACGUGGUAUACCGCACAAAACGAAUAAAACGUUACACUCAAAAACACCAUCUGAAGCUAUGACUUUGAAUGAACAAAAGUUCUGUUUACAUUUAUUUAAAGAUCUUAGGAAGCAGAUUUUGUAA